UUCUUCUCAAGGUAUUCGAAAAUGGUAGCUGCUAAUAUUGGUCCCGGCAAGUUUUACGGCAACAGCUUACCGAGGCCAAGGUUCUACACCGACGUUAAAUUCAACGAUGAACGAGUCGAUCCGCCUACGCCGAUGCUUGAUCCGUUCUUGUCUUGGGCCAGUGAUGCCCACUGGUCAAUGGGUGGUCUUAGCUUCAAGCGUCUACGUCUUCAAGGACGAAUUGAAGGUAACAUCAAGCGCCUUCGCGUAGAGCGGGAGAAAUUCCAGAAGAAGAGAUCUAAAAUCGCGGGUUCCCCUUCACCCAUCGAUGAUUCAUCCAAUCUCAUAAGCACGAGGCUUUCUCCGCCUCCUGCUCCCAUUGCAAACAAGGGUCGUCGUCGUUUCAUGGCAGUGAUUGAGGAAGAUGAUGAUGAGGAGGAGAUAGUGAACAGCAAUUAUGAUGGAUGUUCUAGUAGGAAGCGGAAGCCGGCAAGGAGGCUUGAUGAUGAUUUUGAUCGCGUGGCAGAUGAUGUUGUUUUGGAGAGGAAGGAGAAGAGAACCCAUGUUAAGAGACCUUCAUUGGAUCUGAAUAUUAUGGCUAUGACAUCUGAGAUUGAGAAUGUUUAUAAGAAACCUGUUAGGGUUACAAGAAGUUCAUCUUCAAGUUCUCAGAGUAGAACAAGAAGCUCUCGAAGAAGAAGGUUGGUCAAACGUGUUUAGAUUAGUUCUUAACUUCAUUUUGUA